AUGCCUUUAAAAUUUGUUAAAAGCCAAAAAGGUAAACAACUUUUAAUAAACAAUGGAUAUUUGCAUUUAUAUUAUAAAAAGGGUAGUGAUAAAUUCAUUUGGCGUUGUGUUGAUUAUCAAAAAUAUAAAUGCAGCUCAUGCUUUACGUCAACAAUGGAUGAAACUGGGACAAUUAUGAAAGAGUCAGUUCAUUAUCAUGCACCAGAUAUUUCAAAUGUCCAGGCAAAAAUAGUUAUUGAAAAAUUAAAAGAAAACGCCUUAAUCACAGAAUUAUCAACAAGAAACAUUAUUAGUAGAACAAUGUCAACAACUGAAGUUGGUGUGGUUGGCCAGUUACCAAGUAUAACUUCGAUGUCUCGUACAAUCCAAAGAGUGAGAACGAAAAAUGAAAAACCACCUGAAAACCCACUGACCAUUCACGAUUUGGUAUUACCCGAUGAAUGUAAGAACAUACACGAUGGAACAUUUCGAGCCGUUCCGAAAUUAUUUUCUCAAUUGUAUACAAUACAUGGUUAUAAAAAUAGAACAACUAUUCCGCUUAUCUAUGUUCUCAUGACUAACCGGACUACCAAUUCGUACAACGAAAUGUUACAAAUGCUAAAACAUAACAACCCAAAUUUAAACCCUUAUUCUAUCAUAAUAGAUUUUGAAAAAGCAUUUGAAAAUUUCCGCAAACAAAGAUAA